CAACUCUUUUCAUGUAGAUUAAGAACAAUAAAUUAAUGUUAUUGCUAGCAAUAAAAUGGGUAUAUACAAAUGUUUAAAUAUGCCUAAGUUUUCUAUUUGAUAUUAGUACCAGCAAAUUUUCCAGAAGGUUAACGUAUUUUCAAUUCAUAUUUGUUCAUUCGACAAUUAAAGAAUGUUCCGGUUCAUAAGUCUCUUUGUGCUCUUAUUUUGCAUUUUAUUUGUUACUGAUGGUUUUCUGUUUCAUCGAAAGAAAUCAAAUAGUCUAAUACAUAAAGAGCAUGAACCUAGCGAAACUGAAAAAGAUAGCGGUUCAUUCCUUAAGCGCAGCGAGUUUGCUAGAAGCAGUGGAAGGAGCGGUGGAUCGUUUAAGCGCAGCGACUCUGGCAGAGGCAGUGGAAGGAGCGAUGAAUCGUUUGAGCGCAGCGACCCUGUUAGAAGUAGCGGCAGGAGCGAUGAAUCGUUUGAGCGCAGCGACUCUGGUAGAGGCAGUGGAAGGAGCGGUGAAUCGUUUGAGAGCAGCGACUCUGGCAGAGGUAGUGGAAGGAGACCAAAUAUAUUUCCAAGAUUGCGUCCUAACAGAGGAACUCCAAAGCAUCUUCGUCCAGCUUCUUAUAGUGCCGAUGAUGAAUUCUACGUCUUAAAGGACCCACAAGGAGGAAAGUUUAAACAAUUGUAAUCAGCAAUUAAUAAAUUCUGAAUUUUUUGCUAUAACUUGUAAAACAUAUUAUAAGAGAAAAAAAUUACAACUAAUGUUUUAAAUUUUCAAAAAUCUAAAAGGUAUGUCCUACACGGAAAAAAAUUUGCGGACUACAGAAAGACUUCAGAGUUCCAUAGUCAGGAGCUCAGUUGUACAAAGACAGUAGUACAAAAUGCUGUUAUAAUGCACCUCUGGAGUCCCUAAAUUUUUUCCGUGUGUAGCUAUGUAAGUAAUUUUGACACCAUGAAAUAAAACAUUACUAUGUU